AUGUCUUCCAUCGCCCGUCUUGCACGCUCUGCCCGUUUCACAUCUCGCGCCAUUGCUCCUGCCCCGGCUCCAUUGCGACCAGCAGCAUUCACAGCUCCCCGGUGCUUCCACUCUACUCCAUCUAAGAUGUCGCAACACCCAAUUGCAACCCUACAGGAGGAUCUGAUCCCCCGCCUGCCCCCGUCCUCGCCCACACUCUUCGAAGCCAAGAAGAAGAAGAACCUCACCUUUGAAGCCAUCGCCAAAGAAGUUGGUCGCGAGGAAGUUGCUAUUGCGGCGCUCUUCUAUGGCCAGGCAAUGGCCUCGGCCGAGGACAUCCAGAAGCUGUCCAAGGUUCUUGACAUCCCCGCCGAAACCCUCGAGUCACAGCUGUCCGGCUUCCCAGAUCGCGGCCGUUCGCUCGAGAUGCCGCCGAAAGACCCGCUUGUAUACCGCUUGUAUGAGAUUGUGCAGAACUACGGAUAUGCGUACAAGGCAGUGUUGAACGAGAAGUUUGGUGAUGGCAUCAUGAGUGCCAUUUCGUUUUCGACCAAGAUUGAGAAGGAGACUGACGACAAGGGCGAAUGGGCAAAGAUCACAUUGAGGGGCAAGUGGCUGCCAUACUCGCGAUUCUAG